CAAACAAAACUUUUUUGCAUGGUUGAUCACGAACAAAAACACCCGUUGUGUGAUCACGACACUUGAAGACUUGGAAAAGGACUCAGUGAAAAAAAGAAAAUACUUUAACGCUUUGCAUAAAUAUCGAGUAUAAUAAUUGAAUAUGUCUCGAUUACUACUUCUAUUACUGGUUUGCUUGAUAUUGCAUAGAUAUGAGGUUGAGUCAAAGUCCGAAAAAAAAGAUCAUAAAACGAAAGAGCAUCAAAAAGAAAAACACGAAGAAAAAAAAAUAACUAAAGAUAUUGAAAUUGCAAAAGUGGAGGAUAAAAAAGGGAACGAAGAAAAAAAGAAAACUCUCAAAUCAACUGAAGAAUCUACUGAAACUGGAGAUGAAUCAGAAGGUUCCGGAACUCAACGAUCAGAAACGCUUGAGGCAAGAUCAGAUACUGAUCAUACUACAUCCACAGACACUGAGAAGACGACAAUUGCAAAAAGUUUGGACAUAAGCAACAACCCUUUAGCUAUAGCAGCUGCUGGUAAUUUGCGAGAAGUUAUUCGAGACAGCCUGGGAAAACUAGCACGUGCCGAGCUUGAAAUGCACAAUGCCCUUGUACAACAGAUGUCCGGAAAAAUCCCGGGCUCAAAUGGAGCUGCACUUCCGGGAGGAGCAACAUUCUCUGUACCACAAGCAGUUAAGCAAUUGAGAUGCCCAGCACCAUGUUCUCAAUCAUGUGCAUCAUCUGGAUGUUCUCCUAGCUGUUGCAUGAAUAGUAUGCCUCAAAUGCCAGCUUCUCUAUCACCAAUGAUGGGUGGAUGUGGUAAUCAAAUGCAGGGUUGUGACCAACAAUAUAUGAUGGGGGGUUGCGGUGGACAAAUGCAAGGUUGUGGACAACAAAUGCCUCAAAUGUCAAUGGGGUGUGGAGGACAAAUGCAAGGAUGCGGACAACAAAUGCCUAUAAUGAUGCCAGGUUGUGGAGCACAAAUGCAAGGGUGUGGGCAACAAAUGCCGCCAUUAAUGGGUGGUUGCGGAGGACAAAUGCAAGGUUGUGGACAACAAAUGCCGCAAAUGGUCGGUGGAUGUUUUGGACAAAUGGUGGGUUGCGGCACACAAACAUUUCAAAGUUCAUUAAAAGCGCCCUGCGCACCUAACUCAAUUGGUUGUGGUCAGCAGCUUCGUGCUCCAAUGGUAUCAAUGACGCCAGGUUGUGGUGGACAAAUGCAAGGUUGUGGACAGCAAAUGCCACCAAUGAUGUCUGGGUGUGGUGGACAAAUGCAAGGUUGUGGGCAACAAUCGCCACCAAUGAUGUCAGGAUGUGUCGGACAAAUGCAAGGUUGUGGGCAGCAAUUGCCACUGAUGAUGCCAGGUUGUGUCGGGCAAAUGCAAGGUUGUGGACAACAAAUGCCUCCAAUGAUGUCUGGGUGUGGUGGUCAAAUGCAAGGUUGUGGACAACAAAUGCCACCAAUGAUGUCUGGCUGUGGUGGUCAAAUGCAAGGUUGUGGGCAGCAAAUAAUGCCAAUGAUGGCUCCUAUCAUGCCAGGUUGUGGCGGACAAAUGCAAGCUGGCUGUGGUGGACAGCAAGAAGAACAAAUGCAGUUUAAAGUAAAACUCCUUCCACCUCAAAUUUACUCUAUACAACAACAACAACCUCAACAGCAAUCGCAAUGCCCACCACAAUGCCAGCCACAAACAUGUCAGAUUGGAUGUCCACAAACAUGUUGUAUGCAAUCUCAACCUCAAACUGCUAUGCAAAUGCCACAACCAAUGAUGGUAAUGGGUGGAUGUGCACCUUCAUGCCAGCAGCAAUGCAUACCUUCGUGUCCAAGAGGUUGUUGUGGAGCUUUUGGUAAAAAGAGAUAAAGAUAUGAUAACGUUAAUAUUUUUAAGAACCGUUUUAGUUUCACACCAAUUCUUUUUAUUCAACACCGAAAAGUUAUUAAACACACAACAUUAUGCGUCAGUUAGGUUUGGCUGAGCCAAAUUUAUUUUAAGAAAUAUAAUACAUAUUACUUAGUAAAAGGUUUUUUUAACGAUAACUUCAAUCUUUUAUUUUUACGAUGUAAUGUUUUCAUUGGAGCUUAUUAUAAAGAAAUGUUUUUUUUUUUUAUACCUUGCGCGUUGACACACUUUUUCUUAUUUAUAAAAAAAAGUCAAAUUAUAUUUAUUUUAAAUUAGUUUCCUUGAUAUUUUCGCUAAAGCACUUACUGUGAAUAUCUUAUAUAUGCAAGAAUAAAAUUUUUAUAUUUAA